CGUGCAUCACCUCUCUCCCAUCUGCUGGCAGCCCGUGCCGGCGCAUGCGCAGCGCGACUCUCCAUCAUCUCCAGUAUUCCAGUGUAGGAGCAGCAGCAGCAGAGAACUAAUGGGUAGGCUUCUUAUUCUUAUUUUUCUCCUCAUCUGAAGCGCCUCCUCGCUCCUUUCUGUCACUCUUUCAGCGGAGGGAUGCACUCGCCGGGGUGUCCGGGAGUCAUGGGGGAACCACUACCCAACUGUGAUUGGGAACCAAAAUCCUGAAAAGAUCUCUGAUGGUGUUUUCCUGGGAAAUGGACAAGUGUUGAGAAGUUAAGAAUAGAGGACUUUACUUUGGAAGAGCUCUGCAGUCCCGAUCCCGCCCCCUCCCUUCUAGCCAAUCGGAUGGCUCCGAAUGACAGGAUACAGUAAUGGAUGUGGUCACGCCGUUCAGCGCUGUAGCCAGAAUGCAGCUCAGAGGGUAGGGUCAGCUGUGAGCCCGCCUCACCCUACCCUCCCACCUCCCCGUUAGCUCCACCAGAGAGCCGCCCCUCCACCCCCACAUCCAGGCUGCAAUCCUUCCCUCCCAGCACCGACCCCUCCACCACGGCUUCGGAAGACGGAACAUGACGCUGGUUCAUGUCUGAUACGUACACCUCUGAGGCGUCGAGCGUAAAACCAGUGGAGCAAUGAAUGGCGGAAAGGACUGUGAGGCGGGAGAUGAGAGGCAGGCCGUCCCUGUCCAGGUCCCCAUUGGCUGGCAGCGCAAGGCGGAGCACGGCGGAGGCGUCGUGUAUGUGAGUCCCAGCGGCUCUCUGCUGUCCAGCCUGGAGCAGGUGAAGACCUACCUGCUCACAGAUGGAACCUGUAAAUGUGGCCUGGAGUGUCCGCUCAUCCUCCACAAGGUGUUCAACUUCGACCCAGGGGCGGCUGUCAAACAGAGAACGGCGGAGGAUGUGAAAGCAGAUGAAGACGUGACCAAACUCUGCAUUCACAAGAGGAAGCUCCUGGCUGUGGCCACGCUGCACAAGAGCAUGGAGACACACCCGCCUCUGGCACUGACUAGCCCAGGAGGAGGUACAUCAUCUGCAGUUGCUGUGCAUUCUACAACUCAACGAGCAAUAAGGACUAAAGCCCACGAUGGGUUGCCCAAUGCUGUUGGUCCUGAGUGCAAGAACCCGUUCAAAAUGAUAAUGGCGGCCGGACAGCAGCAACAGCAGAGGUUGUUUCCUCCUCAGGAGGCGGGUGGAGCCCCGCAGCCUGAGCUUUACUCUGGAUACCCCCGGGCACAGAGGCUACCGAGCGGGGAUCCUGGAACUAAAUCUCCAUAUCGGGUGGGGUAUGGAGGCAUGUUGAGCCCAUCUUCCUCCAGUGCUAAACUGUAUGGAGAUGGCUCUCAGUCUCCCAGCACAGACACUCUGGGCAGCCCUGAGGGAUUUCAGAGGACCAAUCCUUGUGGCUUUCCAGGAGCCGGUAGUCCCGGUUCAGCAUCCAUCCAUGGGAACCCUAGGACUCCUCUUUCCCCACCCAGAAUAAUGCUUCAUGGCUCUCCUGCAGGCCAGCCAUCCUGCGCCAUGACAGGAAGGACUAGCACGCCCCUCUCCCCUACGGCCACUGCCAAAAGCCCUGUCAUGAACAUGAACAUGCCCCGGGGGAACUUCCCACCCGGCAUGGAUUUGCCUCGAGCAGCAUUUCAUCAUAAAUCUCAGCCCCCUCUGCAUUCUGUACCUCCCCCGCCAUCUAUACCACCACCCUGUGCUCUUCAGAAAAGGCAGUUGACCUCUGAAAAAGACCCCUUAGGCAUUCUGGAUCCCAUUCCUAGCAAGCCACUUGGCCAGCCCCCAAACCAUGCCCCCAACCCGCCCAACUUCCAGCCCAACAUCCACUCUCAGGUACAAAUGAUGAAUGUAAACAUCCCCCCUCCUGCCAUCGUUCCCCUGCCAAGCAACUUACCUUUACCCACAGUGAAGCCUGGACCUGUGGGCCAUGGUGGCAAUGUGCAAAGGACUCAACAGAGCGGUCCUUCCUCCUCCAUGUCCCCCUCACCUGUCACUUCCCCUGUUCACAUGGGUGGACCGGUUCUGGGGCGAAUCGAGGCCUCACCUCAUCGCUCGCGUUCCUCCUCCACCUCCUCCGAACACGGGAGCUUUGCAAUGCCCUCGGGUCACCAGGCCCCAUGUGCCACCAUGAAGGUUCCCCCUCGUUCUCCCAGGUCGGCUAUGGGGUCUCCCCGGCCAGCCAUGCCCUCAAGCCCAUCCACCAACAAAACCGACCCACUCCACCAGUAUAAAGACUCCCAGCUGCUGCCUGGAAUGGGAAACCCAGUCGGCACCCAUCAGCACAGCAACUCCAUGUAUUCCCCCACCUCUUCCUCCUCUUCGUCCUCUCUGGCAACUUCCAGCACUUCCCAGAAGGGCCACCCUGGUCUCCUUGGGAUGCCCCUCAACCAGAUUCUGAACCAACAGAACGCCGCUUCCUUCCCAGCCAGCAGCCUCCUCUCAGCCGCAGCCAAAGCACAGCUAGCAAAUCAAAACAAACUCGGCCCUGCUGGCAACAGCACUCCCGGCAUGGCUGCUGGCGGUGCGGUCGGCAUGCCGGCAACGGGGGCGGCCGGCGGAGGUAACGGUGGGGGUGUCGGCCCUCGAAGCAUGGAGGGACACAGCACUUUAAAUCCCAUGCUCCCACCAAACUCCACCAUGCUGCUAAACACUCCAGAAGGUCAGAGUGGCCGGGCGGCGCUGCGAGACAAACUCAUGGCCCAGCAGAGGGAUCCCGCACGGAAACGCAAGCAGUCGUCCGGCAGCGCUGGGAACCACGACAGUGGCAACACCAUGGUCUUCAACAUGCUCAAUAAGCAGGGCAUGGGUGGACCCCACAUGCAGGGUCCCAGCGCUACAGAGCAGCUGCGUAAAGUGGGCCGGAUGGGGAACCUGCACCCCAACGCCUCCAUGGCUCAGCUGCUGCAGUCCAUGAGCUGCCACAGUUCCCACAACAUGGCGGGGAACAGCCACCGCCCUGGGCUCAGUUCUGGCUCACACGGAGCGGCGCCGCUUCACUACAACGACAAUGCGGGCAUGCAGCAGAACCUCCUGGUCCAGCAGAGAUUGCGACCUCCAGGAGAUUCCAUCCAGCACUGCCAGAACCUGGACCCGUCAGGAGGCCACCUGGUCCCCCGUCCGGGCCAGUACCCCGACAUGAUGGCCCAGAUGCAGGCUCAGUCCAUGAACACCUGCGGUCCUCUGGGGCCAGGCGGCGGACCGAUCGCACCGGACGGCAUGCCGCUGGUACGCCCCAACACUAACCCACCACCACUGUCCCAUCCGGGUCCGCACCCCUCACAGCUCCACAGUAUGAGGAGGACGAACAUCGUGCUGCACGGAGGGGGCGAUGGAGGCUGCAACCAGACGGUCUCUGAUGCAGGCAUUGGCAUGGCCACCCUCCAGCCUCAUGUGAACGCUGGUGGAGCUCCGAUGUACCAACAGCAGGUCCACCAGCGAAUGUCACAGGUUUCCUCUCACCCAGCCUACCAGGGGCAGCAGCACUUCUCUGACAACCAACACUACAAAGAUGGCGGCAGCAACGGCGGCUCCAUGGCCUGCCUCUAUCCGAACUACCAGUAUUGUAGUUUGGCCUCCAUCCAUCAGAGGGCACUGCUGGUUGAUAGAGAAUUAAAGAUGGCGGCAGGAUCCCAGAACGUGAAAGGGUUAAAACAGAGCCCACAUCGGGAUCAGGGAAUGUUGCCCCACCCUCAGUUUGUGGAGGAGCAGCAGAGUGAGGGGCUCCCUGCAGGCUCUGAGCGGGGCGGCGGCGCCGGCGGCGGGCCGGAGGUGGUGGACGCCAUCUACAGAGCGGUGGUGGACGCCGCCAGUAAGGGCAUGCAUGUCACCAUCACCACCACGGUGAGCGGGACCACGCAGGCCAGCCCGGUGCCCGCCCUCAGUGCCAUGAGUGCCUUCACUGCCAACGUGGGGGAACCCGUCAACCUCCCCCAGGCGGUCAGCGCCGUCCUGCACGGGCACCAGGACGGAGACCGGCCGCGGCAGGCCAGGUCCGGGCGCGGGCAGAAGAACAUGGACGCCGGGAAGAGCACGCCAGACGGUCCAGAACCCAACGACUACUUCCGCUCCCCCGGCCGGGGAACGCCAAGAGGGCAGUGGGACGGAGAGGCGCCGCACGGCGGAGGCUUUGAGGCGCAGGGCAACAACGCCUGGGGAGGGGAGGAGUUCCUGGAGUGCUCUACCCAAGUGAGAAGUAGUCCUCUGAUGGAGAGGCCUGCCAGCCUGGCCCCGGCGCCGCCCUGCCCCGCCGAGGGCUCCAACGACCACGGCCUGGCCCUUCCCCACGACAAAACCUUCUUCGACCGGUUCAACAACUGCAACCGGACCCCCGCCAACUACAAGGAGCGUCUGGAGCAGACGGUGGAGCGGUGCGCCCACAUCAACGGCGCCACGCCUCACUUCAACGCCAGGGCUUACGGGGAAGUCCUGGGCCCCCCGCGACAGGAGCUGACGGGGGACGACCAGUCGCCGGGCUCCUCCACCAGCCUGGAGGGGCCCCUGGCCACGGCCAAAGACUACAGCCACUACAAUGGCCACUUCAACGGCAUGGCGCCCAGCCCCUCUGACACCAAGAGCCUGAGCAGCGAGGAGGACCUGCGGCAGCCCGACUCGCCGUCCUCCGAGCUCCUCCACUACCGAUCCAGAACCUUCAACAUGGGGGAGCUGGUCUGGGGCCAGCUGAAGGGCUUCCCCCCCUGGCCCGCCAAGCUGGCCGGUGAUGAACAGGUGCACUGCGCCGCCAUGCAGCUGCGAGAGCAGGCCAAGGUGGAGCCGGAGAAACUAAAAACACUAACCCACGACUUGGAGGCUCUGGACCGAGCCGCCAAGCGAGGCCUGAAACCCAAACUGAACAACCCCCUGCAAGUCGCUCUCCAUGAGGCCAUGAGCGAGCUCGACAAAAUGUCAGGCACACUCCCAUCCAGGGAACGUCAGCUGAUGCUUCCCAAGCCCAAGAGGAGGAAAAUAUCCAGAUAACAUUGAAUGUGUCCGGCCCACGCGCGUCCAGACGGGGCGGUCUGAGCUCUUCAACAGGUGCUACACAUGGACUUUCAGUGGUACAAACCUCGUCCCAACUUGACUCUGACUGACCACAGACGGUGCUGGAAACUCCAAUCACCAAUACAGUUUUAACUGUAGAGAGAAAAAUAAGAAAAACACACAAAAAAACAUUAAAACGUUGCAAUUUGUCUACAGUUCACUGAAUUAACUAUUUUUUUCUAGUAUAAGAUAGUAAAAUAAACAAAAAAAGCUACAAGCAGUACCUUACAUAUUUAAGAAAAAUAGACAGUCCAAAUAUUUCUGAUACAUUUUCAAUAUGUAUAUAGAUAAUCCUGAAAUUUCCUGCUAUUAAGAAUUGUAUGUAAAUAUUGUACAAUGUCAUGUACAAGCGUACCUAAUGCACAUUUUAUCUUUUAUUGUACAAACAAAGCAGUAGAAGUGUACCGAUGUCCUGGUUUCUAUCCAGACGUGUAGGAAGCCUAAAGCUUUUCUAUCAUCACCGACGUCGUGCUGUUUCCCUUUUCUUCAGUCCAGGAUCGGCCGAGUGUUCGUUCACAAACAAAACAGAAUGAACUUUACCAGCAGAAAGUGUUCCGUGUUUAUUUUCCUCCACCAGCUUCAUCCAGGACAGGAAAACCGUCGUGUUUACGAAUCCGGCGAGGCGCUUUUCAGAAGGAAUAAUCCAACAGAAAAGCUUCGUUUCUCUCAAACGGUUUCAGUUUCAAACGUUUGGGUGGAUUUUUCCUUUGAGAUUUCAGCCGUCGUCUGAUUCGGUCGUUCUCAUGCUAGUGUGUACAGUAUUUUAGUUUGUUUUGUCACAACUAUAGCUUUAGGUGGACUAACCAACCUCAGAGUUUAGAUCAUGAAAGGAAACACUAACUUGACGGAAGCAUUUUUCUUAUUUAGAGGCCUUUUUGUUUCUGGUUUUUGUUGCUUGUUGAUGUAAAUUAUUUAUGUACAGUACUCCAUAUUUAUUUUAAGCUUUACAAAUAUGCUAGAUGGCAAUAAUACUACCAAGAGUUGAGAACUAAAGCCUUAUAUGUGUAUAUGUAUGUUUUGUUUCUGUUCUGUUCUGUUUUUUAACAGGUGAACAAUAGAUCAUGUGUCCCGUUUUUAUUUAAGAAGUUUGGCGCUCAGAUUUCUCAUUUUGUUACACGUUGUGUCACGGGGUGUUUUGCUAUAAAAACCAUGUUAUUUAUGAAUAUUAACCUCUUAAAAUGCAGACAUGGAGGUUUUACAUGCAGUUUUAACACUACUAUACUGACAGUAUCGGAAACGCUGCAUCAAACUGCUGCUCCUCCUGAUCAAUAACCUGAAAUCGCUACCGAAUGAUCAAGUGCAAUAAACCAAGCGAUGGAUCAACAGCAUCUCCUGCAACCGUUAGUGCUCUGCUUGCUUUCCUUUUCUGUUCAAACUUCUCUUCACUCUGUAGUUUUGUAGACACUCCACUUGUUACAACUCAAGAUGUUUCUUCUGACCAAAGCAGUUCCAGUGCUAAUCAUGAAAAUCGUCUCUUUUUAAACCCAAUAUUCAAUUCUCAUCCGAUUAAACGAUCACAGUUCCCUCCAACCUGACGUCCUAAUUUCAACCAGUGUAACCAGUUUAACCAGUUUAACUUCUAAAGGCCGUUAACCAGCAGUUUAAAAACAGCAGUUUUAGAUUCCAGACUCUCAUUUUAACAUCUACUGAUGAAAUUUAAAGAUUGAACAACUGGAAACAGGAACUACAGGGAUUAUUUGGAAAACAUCACAGCAAACAGGAUUUAAAAAGACAAGAUGGUGUGACUGAGAGAUUUGAUAUUUAUCAUUUAUAGAGUUAAACUCACUAGCUGGGAUAUUAUGAGUUUAUAAAUGAGGUUACAUAUAAAUUCAGCUUUAACUAGUGAGCAUGACUCUUAUUAAGAUGAUUAAAAUAUCAACUAAAUUGGGAGUUUUAAUCUUUGCUCUUUGAUUUUUCUUUUAUUUAACCCAUAAGUUGUUUUUUUUUGUCAGUGGAAACAGAACUACAUAUUUUUCUAGAAGUGAAAAAAUCCCCAUUUUAAAAAAUACUUAUCGUUUUCAGUUUUUUAAAGAAUCUGUUUAUUGAUACACUACAACAUAACAUAUCUGUAUCCAGACAAUAAAAUAUUAAGCACUACUUGAAAAGCAAAUUUCACUCAUUUUUCCAGUCAUUUUAUUUUGUUUUUGCUUGAAGAAGUUAUUUUAUUUUAUUUUAUUACAAAUCUCCUCCUGUCCUCUUCUGAACACAUGAACUCUUUCGGUAAAGUUCAUUCUGCUCUUAUGUUUUAUUUUAUUAUUUUUGUGUGAAAUGUCAGGAUCCCGUUCUGCCACGUCCACGUUCUCCGUGGUCAAACAUAGGAAACAGUUUUUGCCUGUGAUUCUGUGUUGAGGUGUGAGUGUCAGUUUUUAUUUCCCCUCUGUUUUUUUUUUUUCCUCUGUCAGUAUUUUCUUUCUCUUCGGCUUGUAAUUAAGUAUAUAUUUUCUCACUAAUAUAUACUUUACAAAAAGAAUAGACCUGCGUGAAGUACCGUGUGCACUUGGUUGCUCUUGUUUAUUUCUUUCCUUUCUGCAUUAAUGUGGGUUAGGAAUAGUGUGUCAGAGUCCAUUAUUUUCAGAUUGUUUGGACUUUUUUUUUUUAAUGGUUUGAUGUAAGCAGCAUUUUUUUGUAAAUAUUGUGAAACAUUACAGGUCAUGCAGUGAUGUAACAUUUUGAAUAAUGUUGCACAGAUGUUUAAGAUAUUAAAAACAUGUUCACUCUUA